GAAGAGUCUUAGAAGUUAGCAGCACUUGCGCCAUAACGGAGAUUGGCCAAAAUGCUGGGCAUAGCCUGUGAUCCGUUGCAGCAUACGAGCAUGUAUGAGCGCGGCUCAGAUGAUAGCGAGGACAGCGAUGGCGAGGGUGGCUUGGGCAAUGUCUCGCGCGUGAUUAUACGACCGCCCGGGCAGAGCGGGAAGGCUAAGCGCGGUCAUUUGUGCUUUGAUGCGGCCUUUGAGACUGGAAAUCUGGGCAAGGCGGAGCUGGUGGGCGAGUUCGAGUACGAUUUGUUUCUGCGUCCAGACACUUGCAAUCCGCGCUAUCGCUUUUGGUUCAAUUUUACCGUGGAUAAUGUGAAACAGGAUCAGCGUGUGCUGUUCAACAUUGUGAACAUCAGCAAGAGCCGCAAUCUGUUUAACAGCGGCCUGACGCCGCUUGUGAAGUCCUCCAGCCGGCCCAAAUGGCAGCGUUUGCCUAAGCGUCAGGUGUUCUUCUAUCGCUCGGCCAUGCAUCAGGGCCACUAUGUGCUCAGUUUUGGCUUUAACUUUGACAAGGAGGAGGAUGUGUAUAUGUUCGCCCUGGCCCUGCCCUACAGCUACUCCCGCUUGCAGUCCUAUUUGAAUGUGAUCGAUGCACGCCAGGGACCCGAAAAGCGUUUCACGCGCUCCGUCCUGGUCAAAUCUUUGCAAAAUCGCAAUGUGGAUCUGCUGACAGUGGAUCAGGUGACGCAUAGCGGGCGUCCGACGAAUCGCCUGGAGCGUAGCUUCAUACGCGUUAUUGUCAUACUCUGUAGAACGCACUCGAGCGAGGCGCCUGCAUCUCAUGUUUGUCAGGGAUUCAUCGAAUUUCUGGUGGGCAAUCAUCCCAUUGCGCAAGUGCUGCGCGAGCAUUUCGUAUUUAAAAUUGUGCCAAUGGUCAAUCCGGAUGGUGUCUUCCUGGGCAACAAUCGCUGCAAUCUGAUGGGCCAGGAUAUGAAUCGCAAUUGGCAUGUGGCGUCCGAGUAUACGCAGCCGGAGUUGCAUGCCAUCAGGAAUAUGCUAAAGGAGUUGGAUAAUUCGGAUACAUAUCAGAUUGACUUUGUGAUCGACCUGCACGCGAACAGCAGCAUGCACGGCUGCUUCAUCUAUGGCAAUACAUACGAGGAUGUCUAUCGCUAUGAGCGGCAUCUGGUGUUCCCACGGCUCUUUGCCAGCAAUGCCAAGGAUUAUAUCGCCGAGCAUACUAUGUUCAAUGCGGACGAGCGCAAGGCGGGCAGCGUUAGGCGAUACUGCUGCGAGCGCCUUAGCGACACGGUAAAUGCGUACAACCUGGAGGUGUCCAUGGCGGGUCACUAUCUGCGCGACGGCAAGACGAUUGCGCUCUACAACGAGGAUGGAUAUCAUCGCGUCGGACGCAAUGUGGCACGCACUCUGCUGCAAUACUAUCGCUUCAUCAAUGUGCUGGCCAUGCCGCUGGUGUCGGAGAUGCGGCUGCAGGGCAAGCGACGCGGCAGACCGCGCACGCAUCAUUCGCGCUCCCGCUCCAGGACACGCUACGAGGUGAAGCCGAGGCCAAAGACGACGCGCUGUCAUGCGCCCAUUGCGUACACCAAUCUGAGCAUUUGCUAUGAUUCUGCUGGCGGCGGCGUCUCCUCCGACGAGGGCGGUUUCUCACCAACGCGACCCAUACCCAUUGCGCCCGGCAGCAGCUGCUUCAGCGGCUACCGCAAUUAUCGGCGCGCUGUAACCGCCAGCUGUGCCCACCACGAUCAGUAUUCCCUGGGUUUGAGCGAGCCGGGCGCGUGCAGUCGCCACAAGCGAGCCGCCGCUGCCGCCGGCCCUCUUUCCAUAGAGCUGGCCGUGCCCACGUUGGGCGUCAGUGUGCCGCCCAAGCCGUACCUGUCCAUUAUCGAUCUGAAUCAGCUGACCCGCGGCAGCCUAAAACUGAAGGCGAGCAGCUUUGAUGCCGACGAUCGGCGCUAGGUUGAAGUUUAACUGUGACUCUAAUUGAUUUUAUAUGCUUAACGCUUUUUUCCAGCUGUG